AUGGCUGAGGAAGCCUCGAACUCAUCCUGGCAUCCGGCCAAGAUGCCCAACAGUCUGGAACAGAGGGUCGCGCUGCCCAAGAUUGACGCUGCGCCAGAAUUUCGUACCCGAGCAGCGAGCGAGAUGGCUGAAGAAGCCUCCAAGUCAUCCUGGCAUCCAGCCAAGAUGCCUAACAGCCUGCAACAGUCGGCCGCGCUACCUAAAGCUGAUGCUACCCCAGAUGUUGAUGGCCAUGACCUGGCUACGAGACCCACGAUGCCGGACGCGACACAAAGCCAUGAUGUAGACAAUGCCUGGAUGGCUGAUGACGGGGAAGAAGCCGUCGGUGAUGCCUGGCUGAUGUCAGAGGAACCGGCCACGCAGUCGUUGGACCUUGACGCGCCACAGGCCGCUCCGAAACAGUACACCUUGGAAAACACCCCCCUUGCUCCCGAAGACGCGCAAAAAUCACAAGAGCCCCCCCAAGAUGCUCGCGAGGCGAACUCCGCGGCAAUUGAUCCGUUCAAUACGAAUGAGGUCGAACACGAAGACGCUGAUUCUUGGUUCGCCGAGAAGCCAGCUCAAGAACAACUGCAUACUGAAGCUGCGCCGCCUCCUAUAACUGAUGACAUCGGACCUGCCAAUGCCGAGGAAAUCGAGCCCAUUGCGCAGCAGCAGCCGGCAGCUGAAAUUCAAGCAGCACCGGAAUCAACAGAGCUCCAAACACAGGAGGCUGAGCCACAGUCGCAUAUUCGGCCUGAAACUGAGGCAGCUAAACAGCCGGAUGCGGAAUUACAAGAGACGCAGCCAUUGCGCAAAUCCCUCUCUCAACAUUCGAGUUCCAUGUCUUUCGCUCGAACUGUCUCCCACGAAAUCAGCUUCAACGAUGACGACGAGAGUGACUGGACACUGUCCCGAUCUAAUACCGACCAAUUCAAGUUCAUGCCUCCAACCGAUCGAACGAAUUCCUUCCCCCCCGUUCCGCCCGCGCAAUCUGCCGAAACCGUUUUCCCUUCACAGCCGCUACCUUCCUCUCAAGCUCUCGACGUUGUUGAAGAGGUCGAGAAGAGCUCCUCCGCCCACGAUGACUCGGAGGAAUCAAAAAUGUUUUGGGAGAAUGACGGUCCCGCAGACAAUACGCACGAGACUUUCCAGACCAUUGGUGGUGACAUAGGGGAUGCUGCUACAGAGGCGUCACAGUCUCGUUUCGAGGAAGGGCUACCGUUAAUUCCGGCUGCUGAGGAAGUCGAAGAUGCCAAGCCAUCCAAAACCACCCCCUUUGACUCCUUUGCGGAAGACGAUGCUGGAGAUGACUUCUUCUCUACUGUUCGCAGGGAAGAAGACUCUACUGAUUUCAUGCAGCCAAUUCAGCGCAAGUCUACUAUGCAAGUCAUCGAAAACACCUUCAGCAGAGAAUCAUCUGCGCAACAGACCGCAUUCGACACACUGGAAGAGCACUCUGAGGAUCUCUCUGAGGAGGACCGUCACGCCCAGGCUCUUGCAGAUGCUUUCGGGGCAGCGGCCAAUGACGAGAACCAGCUAGAUGCGGCUGAGCCCCCGGCUGAUCUUUCUGCAAAGUGGCAGGAAGCUUUUGGGACCGGAGACGAUGACGAUGACUUUCUCCUAGACGAUACCGGCAACGAAGAUGAAACAAUUGAUACGGCUGGUUUUCUGGGAAGCGAUGAUGAAGGUCUUUUGCUAGAUGAUGAAGACGACGCACCGGCUGCCAUCGCAACCGAGGCGCCCACAACCAACCCAUAUAUGCCAACUCAGGCUGAGACACGACCUCAACCAGUUUCUGCGCCGACAUCUUCGUAUGGAUACGCCGCGCAGCCUCCACAGCAAACACCAUAUGGUAGCGCCUUUGGCUAUGCCCCGGCCGCGCCGCGACACACCGACACUCCAAAAGCUGAGAGCUUUGCGGACAAAGCCAAAGGCGGAUACGCUUCACCAUAUGACCUGCCAACGGAUCUGGUCAGUAUGAAUAUCAAACCCAGAAAACGACCCAGCUUGCCGAAUCCCGCCCAAGAAACAGCCCCUUCAUCCAUGUCUGCGCCGCCGCGGACAGCGAAUGCGUACGCGCUGCCUCCAGGGCCGGUCGCGUCUGCCUCUCCGCCGGCAUCAGGAGCUGCCUCACAGGCACCACCUGCUCGGUCUGCAAGCCGACAGGAGAGCUUCUUCGAGGAUCUACCUGUGGUUGCGAAGCCCCGUCCUGGUUCGCGCCAAAGUCUCCGUUCUUCCUCGCCUAGCAAGCAGUAUGGCAGCCCAAAUCUGCCUACUUCCACUGCACCUCCGCCACCUGCCAUGCACCAGCAGUAUCAGCCUCCGCCGAUGGAGCGUCCUGCUGCUCCCGAGAAUUCUAUGCCCGAUCUGGUUGCCCCCCCAAAGGUGAAUCCGUAUGCUGCAUUGCAAGCAGGGUCUGCACCGCCAUCAGCUCCCGCAAGCAAUGCUACCAGAUACUCACCAGCUCCCACUCAGCAUCAGAAGGGAAGCUCAGCUCCUCCGCCUGCAGCACCGAACCGCUUCUCCCCGGCACCUCCGCUACCACGUCAAAAUAGUUCGCCGCCUCAGACUACAAAUGCCUCCGCGUCGCAAACCUAUCUUCCACACCUACCCAGAACCUCAAGCCCGUUGGCUCAGUUCGAGGUUCAUCAUGACAAGACGGGCGCUGGCAUCGAUGCUGGUCACUUGGACCGACGUGCCAGCUAUAACCAUGAGCCAAGGCUGAAUCGUGUGUCAUCGCUUCCGCCUACCCGCGAGGUAGAUGAGGAGGAAGAAACUCCGGCUAGAAAUCAGCUUGGGGCACCAAAGCAAGCCCCUACUGCCACCGCCCGAUACAGCCCUGCCCCCCAGCAAACCCCAGUCGUGCCCUCGAACCAGCUUUCAUCGCCGCAGAAACGACAAACUAGCAAUUAUCUGCCCCAAGCUGCACUGCACCAGCCUAACUUUGCCCCUCCUGUUCGAUCUCAGACGCAAUCCCCCGGAGCCACUCGAAUCACUCACCAACAUGCGCGACCGGCCUCUGCUCACACUAACGUGGCCCCGACUUUUGGUCAGGCUGCGCAGCAGACACACGCGAUGCCUGUCCGCACUCGUGGCGCGUCGCUAACUAUGGUUUCCCCUACGGACGGCCGUGAAAACGAUCCGCUGCAACGUUGGCAAGGUGUACCCAUUAUUUCCUGGGGUGUUGGUGGUGCCAUGGUGACUUCAUUUCCAAAGAGUACACCGCGCUACACCAUGAAUCAGUCAGCACCAACAAUGCUAAGAACUCCCGGAGAGGUGAAGGUCAAAAGUAUGAAGGAUAUCGAGCCCUUACCUGAGCAACUGGCCAAGUUUCCAGGCCCUCUACGAGGCAAGUCGAAAAAGAAGGACGCCCUCGCCUGGCUGUCUUCUGGAAUCACCGCGUUGGAAAGAGAACUGCCUGAUCUAUCUCCUAACCCUCAGCUAUCAUUGGAAGCAAAGAGAUCCAUCGAGCGACUGCUUCUGUGGAAGAUUCUUCGCGUCUUCAUCGAACAUGAUGGGCACUUGGAGGGCUCUCCCGCAGUUGAAAAUGCAGUCCGAGAAGUCCUGUCGCCACAAGAAGCUGCAGACGCCUCCUUGCCCAGUGGCCCGAGGUUCGGCCACACGGCACCCUCUACAGGAAUGAAGGCGGACGAUGUCGACCCCGCUUCCAUGGAGAGUAUCAAAGAAAGUCUACUUCAUGGUGAUCGUGAAUCCGCUGUCUGGGCAGCUGUCGACAAGCGCCUGUGGGGCCAUGCAAUGAUAAUUGCUCACACGACUUCGUCCGAGCUCUAUAGCCGGGUGGCACAAGAAUUUGUGCGAAAGGAGGUCAACUAUCCAGGCCACAGCAACCAGUCUCUUGGCGCUUUUUACAAGGUACUCUCUGGGAACUUCGAAGAUUGCGUCGACGAGUUGGUACCUGUUCACGCACGUGCUGGUCUGCAGCUGAUGUCUACCGAUUCAGGCCAGGGGCCUACUCAAGAUGUGCUGAGCGGCUUAGAAAAAUGGAAAGAAACUGUCUCUUUGGUGCUCAGUAACAGAAGCGAAAACGACAUUCGUGGCUUAAACGCUCUCGGAAAACUUCUCUCAGGCUAUGGUAGGGCUGAGGCGGCUCAGAUCUGCUUCAUCUUCAGCAGAACUAUGUCUGUUUUUGGUGGCGUUGACGACCCCAACACCGACUUCGUGCUAGUCGGUGCAGAUCAUCACAAGCAGCCGGAUCAGUUUGCCAAGGAAACCGAGGCGUUGCAGUUGAGUGAAGUUUACGAAUAUGGGUUGACACUGUCCGGGACUGCAAAUCUUGCAGCUGGCGCCCCUCAUUUGGCAGGCUACAAGCUCCAACAUGCAACAGUGCUUGCUGAACAUGGAUACCGUGACAAAGCCUUGCAGUAUUGUGAUGCGAUUUUCACUUCCAUGAGUGCCCAAACACGUCGGUCACCGUACCACCACCCUCUCCUGGAAGCUUCAGUCGACGAUUUUAUGAGACGUUUGAAACAGGCUCCCAAGGACGACGGUUCGAGCUGGAUGUCCAAGCCGAGCAUGAACAAGGUCUCUGAUAGCAUGUGGAACCGGUUCAACAAGUUCGUCUCUGGUGAUGAGGAGGGCAACGGAAAAGCCGGUGCCGAUGGCGAACAUGGCCCGUUUGCCCGUAUCGCCUCUACUCCAAACAUUAGUCGCUCACCGUCCGUCUCCAACCUUGAGACCUAUGGAGCUUCGCCUAGCUACGGUGUAUCAGCGCUGCCUCCACAACCGACCGCAGCCACCUCCCGGUAUGCGCCAGCUAUGACCCCCGCUGCCACCACAACUCAGAACCCAUAUGAGUUUGUCGCACAGCAGCCAGCUCCAGUGCAGCAGCAGGCGAGUGGUCGUACGUCGAAUGAAUACACUCCUAGUCCGUACGAACCUGCCUUCCUCGACACCAAUACCGGAAAUUCUGGAUACCCUGGGUUCAACCAGAGCGCGCCUGAGCUAUCGCACCAGCCUAAUCAUGGCCAGUUCGGAGCGUCGACGUAUCAGCCACAGGUAUCAAGUGCUGCGGCUCAGCCCUACGGUCUACAGCCGUCUCCUAGCAUCACGGCAGAGCCGAACCCGAAUACCAACCAUGGCUACCAAGGAUACCAGCCUGCUGGGGGGUAUGAACCAAAUAAGCCUGUUGAGGCUGAUGUCCCCAAGGCAGAUGGUGCUGUUGAAAGUGGCUACCAGCCGGUAUCGACAAAAAGCUACGGGUUUGAGCCGCCAUCGAUGCAGCCCUACGGAUACGAGCCACCUUCUACGCAGUUUCAAAGCUAUGAGUCGCCAUCAGCCCAGUCGCAAGGUUAUGAACCUCCGUCUACUCAGUUACAGGGAUAUGAACCGCCUUCGACUCAGUCUUAUGGCUAUGAGCCUCCCUCGUAUCAGCCUGACAUGAGCAAUGAUGCAGAUGAUGACGCUCUCAAGCCGAAGAAGAAGAGUUUCAUGGACGAUGACGAGGUGCCUGCGCCGCAGGUUGCAGAUAAUAAGAGCAAAACGGAUCUGGACCGUGAAAACGAAGAGAUGUUUAAGAAAGUUGCCGAGGAAGAAGCUAAACGAGCCGCAGAGGCAGCCGCCGCAAAGAAGUCUGGCGGUUGGGGCUUCGGGGGCUGGUUUGGCGCGUCCAAAAAGGCGGAACUCGGGAGUGGCGAAGCCCAGCCUCAGAAGGCUAUCAAGGCCAAGCUGGGCGAAUCCAACAGCUUUGUGUACGAUCCUGACCUGAAGCGGUGGAUCAACAAGAAGGCUGGUGCUGAGCAGACAGAGGCUGUGAAGGCAGCGCCGCCUCCGCCCAGAGGUAGCGCUCCUCGCUCCGUCAGCGGCACUCCCCCUCCGAGCGCUAUGGGCCCGCCUAUGGCGGCCAUGGCACGGUCAGCAUCAACGUCCAAUCUCAAGGCCGGUACGAUGCCUCCCAGCGGCCUCGGCAUUAGCACACCCCCUCCUAUGAUGCGUACCGAUUCCAAUGCCAGUGCAGGCGGCGCUCCCACGCCACCAAGCGGACCUCCGAGCCGCCCGCCCACGAGCAUCAGCAAUGCCAGCAGCAUUGAUGAUCUGCUCGGCGCCGCUGGACCUCGAAAGGCAUCUGGCAAGAAACCUCGCAAGGCUGGCCGGUAUGUGGAUGUCAUGGCCAAAUGA